AUGAAGGCUACUAGUGAGCUGAGACGGAGUGAUAGGCGAGGAGCCAAGCCCAACCAUUUGCUGUACAUGGCUAUGAAGAUUCUGCGUCUUCGAGUUACCGAAGGGUUACAGCAUGUCUUCAAAAGCGUGGGAACCGCGAACAUAACGCGAGGACAGCUCAACGACCGAGCUUUCGUGGAAGGUCUUAUGGAACGGAACCUGUCGUUUAUGAAGUCGAUACCAAAUUCAGUGCAAUAUUGGUAUCAAAGGAAACAGGACCUUUUCGCCAUGAUACGACAGUUGGGGAAGCCAACAAUGUUCCUGACUCAGAGCGCCAGUGAAACUCAAUGGCCUCUUUUGUUGAAGCAGCUACACAAACUCUCCAGUGAGUAUAACGGCAUUGCUUUAACAGACCCGCUGCAGGAGUUGAGUGCUCUACAGCGAGCAACGUUGGUCAAUGAUGAUGCCGUCACGUGCUGCUUGUACUUCAACAAGCUUGUCGAUGUUCUCAUGACGAUCCUUUCUUCACCAAGGUUCAGCCCGUUGGGAAAGCAUUACGUCGUGGACUCCUUCAAGCGCAUCGAGUUUCAGCAUCGCGGCAGCCCACAUGCACAUAUCAUGCUUUGGCUCGCAAACGAUCCUAACGAAACUGUUUCUGAAGAUAUGCCUGUUACAAUGGAGCUUAUUAGGAAAGUUAGUUCCAUCAGCGCUGUGCAUUUACCGGAAACGAUCAAGAAGCAGAUUCAUGACCACACGCGUACUUGUUACAAACGUAAUGAAAAGCGUUGCAGGUUUAACAUACCGUACUGGCCAAUGAACGAAGAGCGUACACUGAUUCCUCUCACCGCUGAUGAUAGUCGCCGUGAUCGAUUGAGGAAGCGUGCCUCGGAAAUGAGACAAGUUUUGGAAACCAAGGCAUUUGACACGUUAGAGGAGUUUCUAGACGACUGUAAAUGUACAUACGAGUACUACCUUGAUGUUCUGCGUUCUUCGAUUAAACGACCAACGAUCUUCCUGAAGCGAGCGAUGAAUGAGCUAUGGACGAAUCCUUUCAACCCAUGGAUUGCUCAAAAGCUUCGUUCUAACAUGGAUUUGCAGUUCAUCCUCGACGUGUACUCAUGUGCGUGUUACUUGGUUGACUAUGUCAACAAGUCGAACCGCGGUAUAAGUGGAUUGCAUCGAGAGCUUAUCGCUCUGCAAGAGCAGUAUCCGGAUCAAGAUUACACGGCGUUGCUGAAGAAGGUUUGUUUGAAAAUGUUGAACUCUGUGGAGAUGUGUGCCCAGGAAGCUGCAUGGGUACUUCUGCGAUUGCCUAUGUCUGAAGCCAGCAGGAAAGUUCAAUUCUUGCCAACGAUGUGGCCUCAUGAAAGGAUAAGAUCUAGGAAACAGUACAGGCAGAUGGAUGAAGAGGAAAUCGAUGAGGAUUCGACUGAUGUGUGGACCAAGAACAUUAUCCAGAAAUACGAAGAGCGCGAUGGCUUAGAAGAUGUUUGUUUAGCUGACUUCGCAGCACGGUACACUCAAAGAAGAGGUACUAACACCUACACUUUCCGGAAUGUUCCACGAAUAUUGAGAUGGCGUGGCUACAGCAUGAACGAGUUGGCUGAGUACAAGCGUGAAUCGGUACUUUUGUUUUGGCCAUUCAGAAACGAAGUCUGCGACAUUCUGGAUGGCAACAAGUUUCUUCAGCUUUAUGAUACGAAUGAGGCAGAUCUCUUGAGAAAACGAAGGGAAUAUGACUGCGAGCUGAAUUUGGAACAGACUGUAGAGGAAUACCUUCGUACUUGUGAGAACGAAGAGGUUGGUGAGCAGGAGAAUGCCGCUACAGAGAAAAAUGAUGAAUUUGUGCGAACGAUCAUCAUGGAGCCCAACAACGACGAUAUUGAACAUUUGCCCACAGGAGCACUGAAUGCUGUCAUCAGGCAACGUACUAAUGUCAUGUCGAAAGAAGAUUACUGUGCAAUGGUGAGGACAACCAAUGCUGAGCAGCGCGACCUCAUCCUGCAAAUGAUCCACAGUUUGCACAGUUACGAUGAAAGCAGCAAGCCGAUGCAGAUUUUCUUUACUGGACCUGCUGGGUGCGGUAAAACAUUCACUCUGCGCAUUUUAAUGGAGACGAUAAAUCGCUACAGUCAAGCCCACAACGCGCAGAAGAACGCCUUUGUGGCGUGUGCUUCCACCGGAAAAGCAGCCGUUGCUAUAGGAGGAACAACCGUUCAUUCAGCGUUUCGGAUCACUAUGUCAAGGCGAGCCAAUUCGAAACUCAGCUUUGAGAUGCUGCAGUUAUACCGCAAUGCUUUUGCAAACAUUAAGGCGGUCAUAAUCGAUGAAGUUAGUAUGAUUGGUGCGGAUAUUCUCAACACCAUUCAUGCGCGUCUUCAGGACAUUAGUGGCAAUUAUGAUGAUCCAUUUGGCGGAAUUAACAUCGUAUUCUGUGGAGACUUGCGACAAUUGCCACCCGUCAAUGCAAGGCCUGUUUACAAGCCUACAGGUAAUUCCUUUCACGGUGCUGUUCUUUGGCAAGCAUUGGAUUUCUUACCGCUUGUUAAGGUGAUGCGGCAGACAGAUGUAGAGUUCUCCAGUAUACUCACUAAGAUUGGUAAUGGCCAGCAAAUGACUGCUGAGGAGACCAAACUGAUUGAAAGUCGGUUCCGUACUGUAGAGUGGUGUAAACAAAACGCAGCAGGAGCAAUAAGGCUUUAUCAUCGGAAUGCGGAUGUUGAAGCAUACAACAACGAAGUUCUGCAUAAUCAGGAUGCUCUGGACUGUAUAGCGGAUGACGUUUUUGCGGGAUACAAGGACGCUGGUCAACUGGCAAGCUCUCGCAUCAAGCUCUACAAGAUGAGCGUCGUGGAAACCGGUGGGUUACCGUAUUUGCUACGCCUUUCCGUUGGUAUGCCAUACAUGAUUACAACCAACGUCGAUGUAGUAGAUGGCGUAGUGAAUGGUGCGAUAGGUGAGCUGAAAUAUAUUGAAAAGGAUGAAGACGGCUCAGUUGUGAAACUAUGGUUCAAGUACGACAACGAGACGAUAGGUGCUGCGUUGAGGAUCAAAUCGCGACCAACUGUCUAUUCAAGGCCAGGAAUUCUGCAACCCGAUUGGACUCCUAUUGCAAAGCGUUCAGGUAACAUAAAGCUAAGCAGCAUCAUUAAAUGCAAACGCAUACAGUUUCCGGUGGUUAGUGCCUGUGCGUUAACAGUUCAUAAGUCGCAAGGUGGCACUUUCUCCGAGGUCGUGUAUGAUUAUGACAAGAGUCAAGAUCAGCAAUUGGUGUACGUUGGCUUGUCACGUGUUACGACGCUUCAAGGCCUUUACUUGACGAACUCCGCAAACUCGUUUAAAUUUCAUCAUGCUAAGGGUAGCAACUCACCAAAGAUGGUGGAUUUAAGGAACGAGUUGUUGCGUUUGAGUAAUCACCGACUGCGUACACUAGGAGAUGAACUGAGUGAAGUAGUUGAAAACAGCGGCUCUGCAUGUACAUUGAUGAGCCUCAAUGUACAGAGUUUGAACGCUCACGCGCAGAACAUAGCGACUGAUCGAAUCCUUUCAAGCGUAGAAUUUCUCGCUCUGAAUGAAACCUGGAUGGAUGCUACCUCUCCAAUAGAGAUUGAUGGAUAUAAGCGCAUCACCCAGUGCAAGCGAAUGGGUAUGAGAGCGGCUGGAGUUGCGAUCUAUCAGAAGGAAACGGCAUCAACCGUGGCUGUUCCGCAUCCCAUCAAGCAACUCGGUGAGGAUCGAGACGAGACGUUUGCUGAAGUGAUCAACUAUGGAGACAUAUGUGCAGCAACGGUUAAUAUUAUGGGAACCGAAGCAGAAAUCCAAACUGAAACGGAGCUUGUCUCUCAGCUCAGCGUUUAA